AUGAACGUCAACAACAUCCCAUACAAGUUCAACGCUCAGGGCCCCUCAAAUGGGCGGCAACCCGAAAUAUAUGACUGGCUGCGACAUGGACCACACGCUCAGGCGGCGCAAGGACAGCAGGCUGCUCCAGCACCAGUUUGUCCAAACUAUCAAAACUACCAGAAUUAUCAGAUCAUCAACCUUCCAACUCCAGCGCAAAACUACCCGAGCUACAACGCCAGCAUACAAAACUCGAUGCCCACUACCGCCUCCGCCAUGAACAACAACCCGCCAGCUCAACCAACCCCGAUCACCAACAACGCAAUAGCUGCACUCCCUGCGCCGCCGAGCCAACUCAAGGCCAGUAAAGACAUGUGGAAAGCCCGCGCAUUACAGGCAGAAGCUUCGAAGAAAGGUCUGAACGAUGAGAUUGCUAGCCUCAGGCGUCAGCUGGAAGAAGCCAACAACACUAUCCGGAAUGGUCUGACAAUGUGGCAUCAGCUCGACGCGAAGAACAAAGAGCUGGAAAAGCAGAUCGCGAACGGUCAAAAGGGCCAGGAGACAGCAGCUACGCUUGCACCUUUUGUGUUUAGUAUGAGUUUGGGGUCGAAGUAA